AUGCCCAACCGACUUGUUGAACAGGCCCAGGAGGUCGCGAAAGAGGACAUCGACAAAUACAAGGCCCUUCUGAACGAUGCUGCCAGAAGCCGGUCUUACUUGUAUCCCAUCAAGGGGAUUUUCUACUUCAUGUCCCAUCGCGAGCUGUGGAAGCCCCUGGCUUCGAAGCUGGUACCUUACCUCGGGCUCUAUGCUUCAGUCAUUGGACCCAUGUUCUUCUUCACAUAUCUCCCUCAGUUGGCCAUCAUGGUCUUCGUGAACGGGCCUCUCGCUGUGCUCACAACUAUCCUUCUUGUCCUCAACGAGAGCGCAGCCGUUGUCUCGAUCCUCUCGAAAAGCUUGCUGCUCCAGGACGCGCUUCUGGACACAUUCGACGGUACACUGAUCGCGAAAAACAAGACAGAGAUCGUUGCAAAUGGCAGAGAGGUUAACUCUCGGGGAGACGCUAUUCAGAAACUGGGCAAGGCACUGAAGAAACCAUUCAGCAAAUUCAGCGUUAAGGAGCUGGUUCGAUACUUCAUGUACUUGCCUCUCAACUUUAUUCCGAUUGUUGGAACAGUGGCCUUCAUCAUUAUCCGCGGCCGCGCUCGUGGCAACUCUGUUCAUGAUCGGUACUUCCAACUCAAGGGAUGGUCUGCAUCCAGAAAGUCUGAGUGGCUCUCAAAGCAUAAGGGCCCCUACACUGGUUUCGGAACUGCUGCCACCCUUCUCGAGAUGGUUCCGGUGGCCUCCAUCGUCUUCUCGUUCACCAACACAGUUGGCGCUGCUCUCUGGGCCGCUGAUAUCGAGGGCAAGGAUACCGAGAUGACCAAGGCCACAGCCCCCGAACUCCGGGAGGCGGCCAAGAAAGUGGAGUGA